AUUCCAAACCCCCGUUGUCGUCGAAUUCAGUUUGGCUCCUGUACCGAGGUCAUUUUCUUAGAUGGGAUUUUCCUACUUUCGUUUUUGACGGCAAAUUUUCUACAUACGAACUCAGAUUUAGCCUGCCUUCUUCUUAAAUCGGAAGAACGAUGCAUUUGCUCCCCUGUUGAACAAUCAGAAGUGUUUUUGCGUCAUGUUUUUGACAAGGAGCAGAUAUUAUUCGCAUUCAGGAAUUGGUUCAACAAGAAUUACAAGAGCUCAAAAAUGGUCCGACUGUAUAUAGGUGAGAAAAAAUGUGGGACAUUCAGAUCAAACGAGAAAGUUAUUGUGUUGGUUAUUGACGAUGUCAAGAUUAUUAAAGAAAAGAUUUUCAAUCAUUCUGGAAAAUCCUACCCUAUUGUUUGCAAACUGUUUAAGUUUCCGUCUCAAGAAGGAGAAAAAGUGGCUAGCAAAGAACAAGACAUUGAAUUUGAUGAAACAUUCUAUAUAGAUUCGAGAAACUGUAUACGUAAUCAUUCAAGGAGUCUUUUUCAGAAACACUCAAAUUUAGAGAUGAUAGGUGCAUCUGCAUAUCGGUCUAAGAAAAAUGGAUGUGAUAUUGUUCCUGAACCAUGCAUCGUAUUUUACUGCUCUUGUAAAGGAGUAAAACCGCUUGAGGAAUCCAAUUUUCCGACAACUGUCAACGGUAUUAAGACCGAUGUGAGGGAGGGAUUCUUUUAUCAAUCCACGAACGAAGUAUACUCUGCAAAGUCUGAGGAAGAUAUUUAUCCAUUGUUGACAGGUGCAAGUAUUAGCUCAAAAGAUUCGUCAAUUAUGGGUACCCUUGGAGGAUUUGUAAAAUCAAGCAAUGGAGAUAUAGGAUUUAUUACAUGUGCACAUGUCCUCUUCAACCUAUCGAAGAAGUGCUAUGAAACAGAGAUGUUUGACAUCGUACAGCCUGCUUAUAGCAACAACAUUUGCGGUGUUCAUACAUAUUCUUGUUUUCCCACGACACCAUUUCCUGACUGCACCAUGGAUGCUUCUCUUGUUAUUCUUAAAAGUCGAAAACCUGAAAAAGGCCUUUUUUCAAAUCUUACUGCUGAAGACUUUUGUCUUCUCGGAAAUGGUUUAAGCAAGGAAAAUCUUCCCGAGUACAGUGAAGGUGAUAAUGUACGAGAUUAUGAUCAGAUGCAGGAUCAUGGUAACCACCUGAAAGACCCAUGUUUCAAAUUGGGAGCGAAAUCUGGAUUUACAAAAGGUUAUCUGCGUUUUAAUGAAAUAUCUGUCAGGUGUUACAGUGAUGAAAUGGAUGUAAGCCAUUCUUCAACCCCGCUAGAAAUCAAAUACUAUUCCCAACUUGAAAUCAAGGGAUCUGAUAAAGAUUUUGCCGAUGCUGGGGAUUCAGGAGCAUUCGUUUAUCAACUUGACUCCUCAUCAACAAAAGAAGACAAACAUCGACUUUACUGCAUUGGAAUGAUAGUUGGAAACACUAACUUUUCCACUGUUGUAACCCCAAUUGUACCUAUACUCCAGACAUUUGGUGCUGAAAUGUAUACCUUUCCACAAGAUAAAUCAUAAAAAUAUAUACUUUUAAAAAGACCUUGUUACAGAAAUUAUUCCUCAUAUUUCCGGACGCAUGAAGUGUUCUCCUCAUACAGAUAAGUAAGUGACUAUUUAUACGACUGGACUUGUCCUUGUACAACAAUGAUAAAAUUUCAAGUUUAGUUAACUGUAUAGUUUUUACAUAGACAUUACACUUUUGAUUUUUGAUGGAUUUUUCUCGACUAGAUCAUUAAUACUGUAUACACGUAGGUGAUACUGCCUCCAUAUUGUUGUCACAGAUUCUUUACAGGAUAUUAAAAAUCUUAUACUGGAUUCGGAACAAACAAUAUUUCAUUUCAUGUGCUUAGGGCAAAAAAAUUCUAUAUUGCAAGAGCAUACAACAAAAGGAUUUUAUAUUAUGAUCAAAGCAAU